AUUGCCAUAGUUGAAAGAAGCAGCAGUCGGUGUUGUUCCGAGCGUGGAAGUGCACGGAUCUCUAUCUUUUUCCUUAACUGACAUAUAUAUAUAUAUUUUUUUUAUAUCAAUCCUUCUUUAUCUAUCUUUCUUUCUCUCUGUGGAUCAUUAUUAAUUACCUGAACUUAAGAAGAGGACCAAAAUGGCGGCCACUCAUCUCGAUGUUGGCCUACGUUGCAUCAAAUAUCUUCUUUGCGCUGUCAACUCACUUUUUGUGUUGACGGGUGUAAUGAUAAUAUCGGUUGGUUCAACGAUUUAUGCCGUUUAUGAAGAUUUUUCACAUUUCUUGGAUCCCAAAUAUUUCUCACCAGCCACACUCUUGAUCGUAGUUGGCAUAUUGGUUUUUAUAAUCGCUUUCUUUGGAUGUUGCGGUGCUCUUCGUGAAAGUACUUGUAUGGUUCUCGUCUUCGCUGUUUCCUUAUCGGUUGUCUUGGUGAUGGAAUUGUCUGCAGCAACUGCAGCGUACGCUUUACAAGACACCGUUAAAGAUCUUUUGGAGAGUAAAAUCAAUACUACAAUGCAUGAAUACGAUAAGAAUACAGAAACUAAAGAUGCAGUUGAUUUCAUGCAAUCCAGGUUACACUGUUGUGGUUAUAAUGGUAGAGAUAACUGGAAUGAAAUUAAUUUUAAACAAGAAAACGACAAAGGUAUACCUAACUCCUGCUGUGGAAUUCUCGAAUUUGAUGGAAAUAACACUAUGUGUAAGAUUCCUUAUGAAAUAGGCUGCAUGAGCAGACUUUCCAUCAUAGUUAAUCGCAGUGCACUUUACAUUGGUACAGGAGCCGUAGCGAUAGCUCUUAUUCAGCUGACUGGAAUAGUAUUCGCAUGUAUGUUGGGUAGAGCCAUCAGACGACAAAAGACAGAAAGAGAAAGACGUAAGUGGGAAUUGAGAGAAAGUAUCGUAAAUGGUUAUCAACCUCUUGGAAAGGCAGAUCCGUUGACAACCUUCCCCGUUGUAUACAUGCAGUCUCCUGAUUAUCCAUUGAAAGAUACUGCAAAUUGCUAGUCCUAUAAUUUCCAUUUAAUGUGAAAUAUGUUAUUUGUGUGCCAUUUCAGAGGUAUAUCAAAAGAACGAUUAUUAUUCAUGAUCGCUCCUUAUCCUACAAAAUAAAAAAAGUCAGUAUUUUCUAUCAGUUGUCUAAUUUACAAUAAAACAUUUGUAGUUUUUUUCUGUUCUUA